AUGGCGGCAACACCUCCAAUGUGCCGGUGCGUUGUACCGGCGGUUCUUCGAACCUCGUGGACUGAUGCCAACCCCGGAAGACGAUUCUUCGGUUGCGCCAAUUAUCGGGGUGUAAAUGCUUGCAAUUAUUUCCGUUGGAUCGAUCCACCACUUGAAGAUAACAUUAAGCGCCUUGUUCUUGCAUUGCACAAGAGAAUCCGAGAGGUGGAGAGGAGGAACAAUCACAGCUCAUUUGUUAGAGAAAUGAGCAAAAGUUUUUUUAUUGUGGUUGGAACUCUAUUGGCUAAGAGUGUGAUUGAUUACCUGUUUGGGAACAUGUAA